AUGCUACCUCUUCGGUUAUCCGCGGCGCGAGGUCUUCCUCGAAUCUUCGCCAGGACUGCCGCCGCUGCUCAUCGCACACCUUCUUCCGCAUCACCAGUCUCGUCUGCCGCUCGCAUCGCUCUAGAUUCUCUUCUUCGAGCUAGCUUGACUCCCGCUUCGCUUCACGCCAAGCAGCUUUCGACCUCUUCACCUCGCUCUGCGCCUGGCGAUACGGGUCCGAUCGACCGGGCACGUCGCGCAACUCGCACUCGCGACCAAUCAAGCCACGCCGCAACCGACGCGACUCGUAUCAAGCUCCACAGCGAAAUGUCGGAAGCAUCGCGCGCGCCCGGCAGCUCUCGAGCACUGGCUACGGCCGCUACCACUUCCAUUUCCGGUUCUGCUCCUUUGGAAUCUCUACCCCCCGGGUUCGAGAUCACUCCCAGUGUUGACGGCAACGACGCAGCAUCCUAUGCCGUCUUUACCAGGCCGCUGGAGCUGAGCGGUCAAGAUGACAGAUCCUAUCGGCUCAUCAGGCUAGCAAACGGUCUCGAGGCGCUCGUGAUUCACGACACAGAGACCGACAAGGCAAGCGCAGCGAUGGACGUUCGCGUCGGACACUUGUCGGACCCGGAAGAGCUGCAGGGCUUGGCUCACUUUUGCGAGCAUCUGCUUUUCAUGGGAACCCAAAAGUACCCGAGGGAGAAUGAGUACAGCGAGUACCUGUCCAACAACAGCGGUGCUUCGAACGCAUACACCGGCAUGGAGAACACCAACUACUUUUUCGACGUGGGCCACUCCCAUCUCGAAGGCGCUCUCGACCGCUUCUCCCAAUUCUUUAUAAGCCCGCUUUUUGAUCCAGGCUGCACCGAGCGGGAAAUCAGAGCUGUCGAUUCGGAGCACAAGAAGAAUCUGCAAAGCGAUGCUUGGCGGUCUUUUCAGCUCGAAAAGAGCUUGAGCGACCCUCGGCAUCCUUACUCGCACUUCGGAACGGGCAAUCUCAAGACGCUGUGGGAUGAUCCGAAAGGCAAAGGCAUGGACGUCCGGGACGAGCUGCUCAAGUUCCACGACAAGUACUACAGCGCCAAUGUCAUGCGGUUGGUCGUUCUCGGCAGAGAGAGCCUCGAUCAAUUGACACACUGGGUGGUGGACAAGUUCUCUGGCGUUCGCAACAAAGGCGUGGCAGCCCCUACUUUCCCAGGCUCUCCGCUCGGAGCGGAGCAAUUGCAGACUCAGGUCUUCUUCCGUAGCGUCAAGGACAUUCGCCUGCUCGAUGUGACCUUUCCCAUUCCUGAUCAAGGACCUCAUUUCCGCUCCAAGCCUGGUCAGAUCGUGAGCCACUUCGUGGGACACGAAGGUGUGGGAUCGAUCCUAUCUCAUCUCAAAGCCAAAGGCUGGGCGAAUCACCUCAGCGCUGGGGCUACGAAUGGAGCGGACGGCUUCGAAUUCUUCAAGAUCAGCGUCGACCUCACACAAAGCGGACUGCAAAACUACCAGGAAGUCGUCCAAGGCAUCUUCCAAUACAUUGACUUGCUGCGCGCUUCCGCUGUUCCCGAGUGGUCCUUCAAGGAGGUGCAGCAGCUUUGCGACCUGGCCUACCGCUUCAAGGAGAAAGUCCCGCCAGCAUCUUAUGCGUCAGCUCUGGCGACUCAGAUGCAAAUGCCAUUCCCUCGCGAGUGGGUCCUCUCCGGCCCUUACUUGACGCGCGAGUUCGAUCAAGAUCUCAUUCGCAAGACCAUCGACUGCCUCACCCCCGCCAAUUGCCGAAUUACGGUAGCUGCGCAAAACAUGCCGGAUGGAUCAAAGGACUGGGCAGCGAGGGAGAAGUGGUAUGGAACAGAGUACAAGCUCACCACCUUGCCUGAGACGCUGUUGAGGCCAAGCAAUGGUCAUGUGUCGGAAGGACUGGCGUUGCCCAAACGCAACGACUUUGUGCCGUCCGACCUUGAAGUGGCAAGCGUCGAGGCUUUCCGCCAGCCAGGCUACAGACCCACAAAGCGCCCAACGCUUUUAAGCAACACGCCGCUGGGUCGUUUGUGGCACAAGCGCGAUGACCAAUUCCUCAUGCCCAAAGCCAAUUUGUUCAUGCUUCUUCGCAGUCCGCUCAUCGAUGCGACUCCAAACAACGCCGUAAAGUCCCGCGUAUUCGUAGAGCUUGUCAAGGAUGCGCUGACGGAGUACUCCUACGACGCCGAGCUUGCCGGUCUUGGAUACAACAUCGAAUCGCAAGCUGAUGGUAUCGGUCUGAGCGUCGACGGAUACAGCCACAAGCUUCCCGUUCUUUGUCGCUACAUCCUCGAGGAGAUUGCCAAAUUCAAAGUGGAUCCCAAGCGUUUCGACAUCAUCAAGGACUCUGUUCGACGAGGCUACCAAAAUUUCAGCCUAGAGGCACCAUAUCAGCACGCCAACUACUACAUGACGUACCUUUUAGUCGAGCGCAUGUGGACAGCAGAGGAAAAGCUAGUCGAACUAGAGCUCUUGACGCCCGACGAUCUGCAGCGUUUCCUCCCUGAUCUCCUUGGUCGCCUGCACAUCGAGACGCUCGCGCACGGAAAUGUCACGCCGGCACGAGCGGGUGAGCUCAUGGCUCUUGCUGAGGAUAUUCUCGCGCCAAAGCCCCUGGCUGCGAGCGAGCUUGUGUCCCAUCGCUCUCUCAUAUUGCCGAGACCAUGCAACUUCUCAUGGUCGCGGGAGGUCGCCAAUGUUGACAACGUCAACUCUUCUGUCGAGUACUACUGCCAGAUCGGAGACCCAGUGGACUUCAAGCAGCGAGCCACUCUUGCUCUGCUCGCUCAGAUCGCUUCCGAGCCCGUCUUUGAUCAGCUUCGCACCAAGGAACAGCUCGGCUACUUGGUGUUCAGCAGCCCCCGCAAGACGAUUGGCAGCAUGGGCUUCCGCAUCUUGGUCCAGUCCGAGAGGGAUUCUCGUUACGUCGAAUCCCGCAUCGAUGCCUUCUUGGACCAAUUCAAGGCGCACUUGGAAGGUUUGAGUGAGAGCGAAUUUUUGGCGCAGCGCGAGAGCCUGAUCCACAAGAAGCUUGAGGUGCCUAAAAACCUGUACGAGGAGUCGAGUCGCUUCUGGUUCCACAUUCAUUCCGGAUACUACGACUUCCUGCAGCGAGACGUGGACGUCGCUUCGCUCCGCAAACUCGCAAAGCGAGAUGUGGUGGAUCUGUUCAACACGUACAUUCACCACUCGAGCCCGACCAGAUCCAAGGUGUGCGUGCAUUUGCGAUCUCAGGUCAAGCCGCAGCGCUUCGGCGUGCAAGCUGGGGAGAGACUGCGCGAGGUAGCGAGAAGCAGUGGUAUUCCCAUUAGCGAAGACGAAUUUGCUGCGCUCAAGGCUCAGCAGCCCAACGUAGAGAUGGUCAAGGAGUACACGAGGGCCAAUCUGACUCGAGCAGACCCUCCGAUCGACGAAGCAAAGACGGCUCAGCUGAUGGCUACGAUCGACAAGCUCGCUACCGAAAACCCCGCCGAAGCAGACAUGGCUGAAGAUGAUGUGGCGAAGGAGCAAUCGAGGAGAGAAGCGUCGACAGAGGUGGAAAUUACCGACGUCAAUGUCUUCAAGGCUGGCCUGCAACCUUCUAGAGCUGCUCAGCCCGUCAGACCGUGGGAUGACUUCACCUCGGAACCAGCUGCGGACAGCGAGGAGCGCGGAUAUGCUCGAGGAUCGGAUGCGUCGCCAACGCAAAAGCCGCCCAAUGCUAAUCUGUAG